AUGUUGGUGUUUGGAGGCGAGAGUGGCGCAGCUUUGGGUGAUCUCGUCAGGUGCAGCUUGAGCCACGAGGUCUGGAGCGUCGCUGCUGCAGGCCCAGCCCCAAGGAGCUGGCACUCUGCGGUCUGGGAUCGGGUGACAAGGUCCAUGCUCGUCUUCGCCGGCUGGAGUGGCAGUGCGUAUUUACAGGACCUUCACGUGUAUGACUCGUGUGCGGACAUGUGGUGGGAGCUCCUGCCAGCAGGGAGCCCGUCUCCGAGGGCUCGACAUGUGGCAGCCUGGCAGCCUGGUGCCAUGUCCAUGCUCGUAUUUGCUGGAGUUCAAAACGUCAGUGGCAACUUGAGCUACGAUGGCAAGCUGUACCGGUUUGACUUGCUGGCGAACGCUUGGGCAGAGCUUGCAACCACGAUCGGCCCCUCCCCGCGAGCAGACCCGCGAGGCGUAUGGGACGAAGCUUCCAGAGCGCUGAUGACAUUUGGAGGCUUCAGCGCUGCCUAUUUCGACGACCUCUGGCGGUUCCCCUCGACACAGCGAGCACAAAUAGUAGCGAAGUGGCCUGCAGGCCAAGACUGCAUUUUUGUGAUGGAUGAGCCGCUUCCUGGUGUGCAGAUUUCUUUGAAGCGAUCAUGCUUGGAUUCUGAGUCGCUGGCUUCGGCAGUGACCUCCGAUGGCCAGACCUUCACACUCACAGAUGACCACACCGGCUCGCGCCGACUCCAUGUGGAACCUGGAUGGUACAGGUUGUGCUCCUGUUUUCGGAAUGUUUCGCGAUGUGACCAGCCCAGUGACUUCACCUCAGUCCUUGGCUUCUUCAUCAGUGAGGGUCCCUAUGCCAACCAAACUCUGCAUUGCUUUAUGGGUCAGCCUUGUGCCUUUGCAUCCUGGCGCGGCGUGGGCUUGUCCGCCAAUGACAGUGUGAUCGCGAUGAGCCAGUGCGGAUCCUCCAAUGCCUCCGUGACUUUUGGGCAGCAGAGUGCAGUUCUGCGAAUCGAUCGUUCCAUCGAUGGCUUCACGGUGGAGCUUGAGCAGCCGGCGCUGAAUGGCGUACCACGGACUUUGCAGUUGUGCUGGUGCCCGCAAGGUCGUCCAUGUGCAUCGUCGCAGGAUUACCAAUCUGUCGCGUUUCAAUUGCAAGUCCACUGUGCUCCAGGGCAGCAUGAGUUUGAAGGCUUGUGCAUGAACUGCCCCGAAGACUCAUUCUGCCCUGAUGGCCAGCGUGUUGAAAGUUGCCCAGCCGGGAGCACUGCAAUGGCCGGAUCCAGUGAUUUUUGGAAUUGCUCUUGUGAGGCUGGAUACUACAUGCAGGAAACCACUUGCCGGGCGUGUCCAUAUGGUUCCACGACAUCGCAGGCUGGAGCCGUCGCAUCGGGUUAUUGCGCAUGCGCACCGGGCUUUAUAAAUACUUCGAGCAGCCCCUCACAAUGUGGGCCCUGUGGCUUUGGCUCUUUCUGCAUGGGAGGUACACACCGGGAGAAGUGCGGAGAGUCUCGAAGCACGCUCGUGGAUGUUGCAAGCGAUCGCUCUCAAUGCUUGUGUGCUGCGGGAACGUUCCUUUUGGAUGAGCUGUGCACCCCUUGCGCAGCAGGUAAGUACAAGAGUGGAAUUGGCAAUCUGCAAUGUAGCAAAUGCACGGCUGGGACGUGGAGUGCUGCCAUUGGUGCUACCUCGGAUGAAGCCUGUCAAGCCUGCCCGUCCGGGUCCACUACAGAGAAUCCCGGCUCCUGGAUGGAAGACUUGUGCAUUCGUCCGCAUCGCGACCAGCAGUUUCGUUGCACUUCUGGUAAAGCUUGUUCCGUUCCGCUAGGCGGGUUUCAUCUGCGAGACGGUCACCGGCUAGCACUCACCAUGUCGGAAGACUGUGGCGGAGCAAAAUUGCCCGUGGCCGGCAUAGCCAGCGAUGGCACCUCGAAGCCGGCCAGUGGUGAAGAAAAUCUCUACACAUGGGGCGACGUCCCUGCGGAUUUCUUGCCAGAAGGUGGCACCUACCGGCUCUGCUGGUGUGCGAACAUGGCUGGCCUCGUUUGUGCCAGCUUGGAGAGUUUUCAGCUUUUCGCAGGUCUGCUCGAGGUUGCGGGGCCUCUCAGCGACCAGCUUUUUCAAUGCGUUCGUGGACAGGACUGCGUUGGUCUGGAGCCCUUCCGCGGAGUCGGUUUGUCCACGUUGGAUCGCCUGUCUCUUAGGACCGGUGGAUGUGGUGGUCUUGCCGUGAUGCAGAUCUCCCUGGCUAAUGCAGAGGGAAUUGCGAGCCUUGAGCCUGCCGUCUUCGGAGAGUCCGAUUUCUCCCUGCACUUCGACUUCGGCACCUCAGAUGCCGAGCUUGGUCUGGACCACAGUUUGCUCGUCGAUGCAAGCGAGGCUGGAUACGACCUCUGCUGGUGCGGUGCCUCCGAGAACGACAUUCCGUCGGGAACAUGCAGCCAACCUCCAGCCUUUCUGGUGCCAGCCGGCAAGCUGCAGAUCGAAGGGCCUGGUGCCAACCAAGAGAUCAUUUGUUCCGUUGGGCAGCCUUGCACUCUGAGUAUCCGGUCUGUCCAUGCAGCUCAGGGAGACCGCAUCAUGGUCCUUUCUGCUUGUGGUGUGGAUUCUGCAGUGCAAGGCUUUCCUGGCCGUGGAAUCGCUGUGUACGCCGAGGACCGUGCCAUGUUCCAAUUCCAGGGCGAGUCGAACCUGCUACUAUCACCUGCGGGGAUUUACAGACUCUGCUUUUGCAGGCCAACUGCAGAGGAAGAAUGUGAGACUGCCACCGCUUUCCGAGCACCUGUCGGGCUCAUGACAGCAUCCGGCCCCUUCCGGCAGACUUCCACGUGCAGUGUUGGGAGCAAUUGCACAUUGGAGCUGUCAGGAAUCUAUCUGCAGGAAGGUGAUGCAAUGAUCGUGACUGAGGGUACUUGUGACAACUCUGCCGGAAACAUAAGAGAUUUCAUGUCCCUGAAGCAGCCCUUUUACUUCCAAAGAAACGGAAAGGCACUGCAGGUGUCCAUGGGCAAGCUGCCCAAAUCGACAGUCGCUGGAAAUUACAUGCUUUGCUGGUGCCCAAGACUUCAUGCUUGCACAUCGACUUCGUCCUUCCGGGCAGCAGCUGGCCAGCUGCAAAUUGACUGUCCCCAGGGACAUUUCUUUACAGCUUCACGAUGUGCUGCAUGUGGCCGCGGCUUCUAUUGUCCCGGAGGCCGCCGAGGGUCCGCAACAAGAUUUCCUUGCCCCGAGCAUGAAACCACGCGGCAGCGAAAUGCUUCUGCAGCGUCUGACUGCGAGUGCAUGGCUGGCUACUUUCUCGAUUCUGGAAGCUGCAAUGCCUGUGACAGGGGAUUCUACAAAGCUGAUGUUGGCAAUGCUUUUCGGUGCAAUGCCUGUCCGCAGAACUUGACAACUCUUCUCAGUGGUUCUGUGUCCAAUUCCUCGUGCACUCCCACCGCUGGGCCCCCCUCUGCAGAGGAGGGAGGCUCUAGCAUGGUGGACUUGAACAAAGCAGUCGGCUUCAGCAACGUUUCAGAUGUAGCAACCAUGACUUUCAAUAUAUCUGUCGGCAGAGACUGGAUUGAUCCAGCGAUCAGGCGUGAGCUGAUCGCCACCCUGCGCCGAAGCAUUACAGACUCUACAAGGAUGGAUCCUGGCGCCGUGGAGAUUGUGCUACCUUGGGCAGAUGCAGCCGGCCGCAGGCUGUCAGCUUUACCAUCGGUUGGGAUCGUGCUUAAGUUUCCCUCGGCGGCCGAGGCCAACCUCUCUGCGCAGGAGACGGAUGUGAGCGUGCUUGUGAGCGACAUGAGCGAUGCUGUCCGGCUAAAUGACGAUUUGUCCGACUUCAUCAUCGAGGCAACAUCAACACCCGAGGUGUCCUCUGUGACGAUCACCUGCCCAGAGUUCUCAGCCAAGCCUCCGGGUGUGCCGAUCGUGAGUGCAAGCGAUUGCCUCUGCUUGCGGGGCUACGGCUUCGAUGCUCAAUUUGGGACAUGUGGACGCUGUCCCCAGGGUGAGUAUAAAUCUUCACUGGCAGAUACAGAAUGCGACAAAUGUGAAACUCCGAAAUCGACGGUUCAGCGUGGUGCCAUUUCGGUCCAUGAGUGCGUCUGCGCGGCUGGCUUGUACGACCAUGAGGGGGAUUGCCGCAUUUGCGAGAUCGGAUAUUACUGCAACGGCUCGGGCGUCGCACUUCCUUGUCCAGCAAACUCAACGACGAUUUCUGAAGGAUCGCGGUCUUUGUCAGAGUGUCUCUGUGAGGCCGGAUAUGAGGCUGACCGCGAUGCAGAACGGUGUGAGCCAUGCCCGUCGGGAAGGUACAAACCCAGCUUAGGCAACGAGGUCUGCUCCCUGACGUGCCCUGCAAAUGCAGACAGCAGUCGGGGCUCCACUGAAGUGGAUGCCUGCUACUGUUUGCCCGGGCAUGUGGCAGAGACUGACAACAAGGGCCAGUUACAGCGCUGUGCUUCCUGUGCUCUUUACAGUGGCUUGGUGUGCCCUGGUGACUUCGAUGAGGGCACAAGGAACCACACCCAGCCAAGAUCCAUUGCGGGCUGGUUCCAAACUGGCAGCACACUGGCGGUCCAAUGCCACGUUGUCCUUCCGAACGGAGACAGUGCCUGUAGUGGCCUUUCUCCGGAGUGCAAGCGUGAUCCAACUCUUGCAGCUUGUGGCAAAGCUGUCGGAAACCAAUGCGCCGAGGGCUCUUCUGGCAUGAUGUGUGGGGAGUGCCCGGACGGCUGGGGCAGAGGCAGCCCUUUGGAAUACUGCCAGCCCUGCCCUCAAGACGAGGGUGCCUGGUUGCUCGCUGCCGCCGUCCUAGCAGACCUCACGCGAAUUACCGUUUUGAACUUCGUUCUUACUGUUCUGGCGGCGAAAGGUUCGGGGAGCUCGCUCAAGCUCCAUACAUGCAUGAUACGCAUGAUGCAGGCCUGGAUUGGAGCAUGUCAGAUCUUGCUUACCUUUGAUCUGGAUCGGUUGCAGCCUUUCUCAUGGUCUCAGGAAGAAGCACAUGUGAGCUGCGAUGGGGAGUGCACCGAGAUUUUACGAUUUGCGUGGCCUCAAGCAGUGUCCGAUGCCAUGCACGGAGUUUUUUCUAUGAUAGCAGUGAUUCCACGGGCGAGCGUCCACUUCGCGGCCGAGUGCCAAUCUGAGACCUGGUCGAGCGACAAGGGCAUGAAGUGGAGUGCGCCGGUACUGUACUACCUUUGCUUGCCGGUGCUGAGUCUUCUCGGCACACUUUUCCUGUCGGCACUUGUGGUCUACGCCGUGCUGCCGCUGGGAAGGAUGUUCGGGAUCCAUUUCAAUGAAGCCGACCGCAGGAAGGCCAAGAAGCAGGCAGCCCUAAAAGCAGUGCGAGGCCAGUUGAACCUCAUGAAGCAGGGCGAGGGUACCGAGUCGGCCCGGGGCCGGGGCCGUAUCCUGCAAGAGCUCCCGCAGGGAUUGUGGGACGAGGUGCACUUGGAGAAGGUCCCAGAUGUCGUUCUCGCUGGAGGCAUACAAGAUGAUCAGCUUUUUGCGACUGCAUCCGAUGGCUUGAUCUCCGAGAAAGCCCUGCGCCGACUGGUCCUUGGUGUCCUGGCGUGGAAGAUGCGAGGAGAACUUGAGGCAGAAGCUGAGCGGGAAGGCCUCUCAAAGGCGGACUUCGUCGUGGAGGUGGCCGGCGUCGCAGAGUCCGUCGACGAGCUCGUCAAUUUGCGAGGUGAAAGUGGGCGGUCCCUGCUCAGACGCGCUUGCCGUCAUCUGCGGCUAAGGGAGUCGGAGCUCGUGGCAGAGGUCCAAGGCAGAGCGGCAAGGCUGGACCUCGCACUCUUCUCAUCCUGGCCUAGACCUAUGGCGCUGCUGAAGCAAAGUGUUCCGGUGAUAUGGCUCACACAGCUUGCCUUGUGGCCAGAGCUGAUGUCCCAGUUCUUGCAGAUGGUUCGAUGCAUCUCGGUUCGCGAAGAUCGGCAGGGGCCGGUGAUGGUGCAGCGGCUGCAUGCGCAUCCCGACGUGGUGUGCUGGCAAGAGGAGCACUGGACACUCUUCGCCAUUGGCGUCAGUGGCCUGGUGCUAUGGUGCUUCGGGAUCCCGCUUGCCUUGUUCCUUCGAAUUUGGGCGCUGACCGAUCGCCAGGAGCCAGAGAACCGCCGCCUUUUCGGCUAUUUCAUUGAAGGCUUAGAGCCCAGGUAUUGGGAGUUGGUGGUAAAGCGGCUUGACAUCGGCCUCAUGUUGCUGAUCGCGUCCACGUCCGUUACCACCGACGACAAGGCAAAACUGUUGCUCUUUGCUUUAAACUCGGGCAUACAACUCGCCGUCACGGCCUGGCUGAAGCCAUAUUCCAACUCGCAAGCAGAAAUCUUGGACUUCUUGGAGUGCCUGCUGCUCGGUGCACGCUUUGUGCUCUUCACCACUGUGGCGGUACUGCUAAUAUUCUUUCCACCUGCAGAGAGCAUGUGGGCUUGGUCGGUUUCGUUGCUGGUGAUGCUGGUGUCAGUGAUCGUGUAUGCGGUGCUUCACAUCAUUGGUCAGACCCUGCGCAAUGCUGCUGGCCAGCUGGGCGGCAAGCCCAAGAUGGGCGAGGAGCGGAAGAUUGUGCUUUGUCAUUCGCUGGCCUCCCGAAGCGGAUUCCUCAACUUCGAUGGCGCAGGCCCCCUCACCAAGCUGAAGCAGAGCGUCGUGGCCCUUUUGCUGCCCCUGUUCCAGCCGGAGUCAUACCUGGCCUUCCACUGGUCCAUAACCGCCGAGAGUCCCAACAUCAUCACGCGGAGGAGCCAGAUCCAGGUACCUCGCUACCUGUCGGAUCGCAGCUGGCUGCUGACAAAGCUGGCGAAGGCUUCAGCGCUCUUGCUGAGGCUUUCCGUCGGAUUUCAAAAAGAGGCGGUGAGCAAGGCCUACCAGGACUUCGUGCAGCUCUGGCUUUCAGACUUCGAUGGACUGAACAUCCCCAAUGUGAGCGUGCUGUGUGCCUUGGCUGUCGCCUGCCGAGCACUGCCCGAUAACCUCUCGAACUCUCUGAUCUGCAGCUUCUGGAAGAGGGAGAUCAAGAAGCUCGCAGCACAGGCUUCGAGUAGUCUUCGUGUCUGCUUUUUCUUCGGCGUAAUGGGUGGGAUAGGAGCUGCUAAGAACCGUGGCUUGAAGCAAGACUAA